AUGGCCGAUGUUCCGCAAUUAAUAAAAAUAGGCGUUUCCUUGAAAACGACACCAAAUAACGGUCCAGUGUUUUUCAAAUCGGAUGGGACAAGAUUUGGUCAGAGCAGAACAAUAAAAUUACUCACUGGAACGAAAUACAAAAUUGACGUGGUCGUUAAACCCGGCGCAGUUCAGGCAACUACCAUGACUGUUGGUGGGGUGACUUUUCCCUUGGAGCAGCAGUCAAAAGACCCCCAGUCUGUCGUGUACACGGGUCAGUAUGACACAGAGGGAGUUGCACACACCAAAAGCGGAGAGAGACAACCAGUCCAAGUCAGCAUACAGUUUACUGAGGCUGGUCUCUUUGAGACGGUGUGGCAGGUGAAGUACUAUAACUACAAUAAGAGGGACCAUUGCCAGUGGGGAAACAGUUUUAACAGCAUUGAGUAUGAAUGCAAACCGAACGAGACCCGCACCCUGAUGUGGAUCAAUAAGGAAAUGUUCAUGUGA